AUGCUCCCCAAAUUUAUUCUCCCGCUGCUAGUAUCUCUAGCGCUCGCCCUACCUGCCGAGUACUUCCCCGACCUCGACACCACCAGCAUCACCCCCACCACCGAACUCCACCCUCCCGCCGGCGCCGGCGCCUCCGCCUCCUCAUCCUCCCACUGCAAACUCACCUACACCGUCACCUACAACGACGCCUGGGGCCCGAUCUUCACCGAGAACCGCUACACCUGCGACUUCUCCAAGUCCUCCCACCACUCCGACACCCACUCCCCCCCCUCUCCCGCCCCCUUCCGCGUCCCCGCCCCCUACUCCCACCCCGCCGGCAACCACACCACCGACCCGCGCAUCGCCCCCGCACCCCCGCGCCCCAUCACCUACACCCAGUACCUGCACUCCUCGCUCUCCAAACACACCAUCACGCGCUACGGCUGCACCCCGCUCCCGGACAGCAAGCCCCUCUCACGCAACAAAUACUCCAAUCUCUUCUGGGGCAUCCAGCAGCUCCCCAACCAAUCCUGCCUGGCGCCCGGCGAAGCCGCCGAGUUCGUCGACCUCUACGACCGCGACUGGACCGCCGAUUGGCGCUUCACCAGCGUAAACCGUGGGGACAGCAGGGUGUGUGAUUGGUAUGGGGAGCUGGCGAAUGUGGCGCGGGCGCUGCAUUACUUCUGCUUCCAUACGCUGAGGCGGGCGGCGGAGGAGGAGUUUGCUGGUGGGGAGGAGAUUGUCGCGUAUGGGAGGGGGGAAAAGGGGGAGGAGGAGGAAGGGAUGAGGUGGUGUAUGAGGUACUCAAAGAAGGGGUGGGGGGUGGGCGUGUUUGAGGAGAAGUGCUUGGGGGCUUGA